GUGUGCUUGGUCUAAUAGCUACAGUUCUGCCGUCUGCUUACUGAACUGAUCAUAUGAGAACAUUGUCAUUAGAAGACAACAUCUUUCUCUAUGAGAGAUGAGAGGAGCAGCCAUGAGUGUAACUGCAGCAGCAUUGAGUGGAUUUAUUGUCCUGCUUCUCACUGUGCCAGCGGUACUGGGUCAGACUGGUUGGUCAGUGACUUCCACUUCCACUCACAUCUGCGCAUUAAAAGGAUCAACAGUGGACAUAGGCUGCAGCUACAGUUACCCAAACAAUAGGAACCGUGGAAUUAUGUUUCGGGAAAGAUUAUGGUUUAUUAGAAAUGAGUAUUAUGGGCCAGUGGAUUUGAGAACAGACCCAGACUACACAGGGCGGGUUGAGCACCAGUUUCAUGAGAAGGACUGCACUCUGAGGAUCACAGACCUGAGAGAGAGUGACUCAGCUGAGUACAAGUUCAGAUUCAUGACAAACCAGUAUGGUGGAAGUUAUACUGGCUCACCUGGAGUCACUUUGACUGUCACAGACCUGCAGGUGAAGAGAAGAAAAUCAUCAGCCCACACAGAGCUGCAGUGUCACAGCAGCUGUGAUGUAAUUGAUCCUCCAUCAUAUGUUUGGUACAAAAAUGGACAGAAAAUAGAGGAAGAAACAUCUCUGCGAGUCUCUGUUGGAGGUGAUGACAGCAGCUAUUCCUGUGCUGUUAAAGGACAUGAGGGUUACCGCUCUGCUGCAGUGUAUGUUCCAAAGCUUCCCUCUGUGUCAGUGAGUCCCUCUGCUGAGAUAGUGGAGGGCAGUUCAGUGACUCUGACCUGUAGCAGUGAUGCUAACCCAGCAGCUAAUUACACCUGGUACAAGGAGGAUGGUCAAACACCUCUGAGUAAGGAGUGGUGGCUCUCCUUCAGCUCCAUCCAGCCCUCUGACUCUGGACAGUAUUAUUGUACAGCUGAGAAUGACCUGGGGAAGAGGACAUCUGAAUCUGUUUUAAUCGACGUGAAAUAUGCUCCAAAGCCUCCCUCUGUGUCAGUGCGUCCUUCUGGUGAAAUCAAAGAGGGCGGAUCAGUGACUCUGACCUGUAGCAGUGAAGCUAACCCAGCAGCUACGUUUGUCUGGUACAAGAUAAGUGGAAGAACACCUCUUAGUGAAGAACGACAGCUUGUCUUCAGAUCCAUCCAGCCCUCUGACUCUGGACAGUAUUACUGUAUAGCUGUUAAUAAAUUAGGGAGGAGGACAUCUGAAUAUAUUUCUAUUGAUGGGAAAUAUGCUCCAAAGUUUGUGUCAGUGAUGCUGAGCCCUUCUAAUGAAUUCAGGGAGGGCGGAUCAGUGACUCUGACCUGUAGCAGUGAUGCUAAUCCAGCAGCUCAAUACUCCUGGUACAAGAAGAAUGGACAAAAGCCUCUCAGUAGUGAACAGCAGCUCUCCUUCAGCUCCAUUCAGCCCUCUGACUCUGGAGAGUAUUACUGUACAGCUCAGAACAAAGUGGGGAGGAAGAAAUCUGAAUAUACCUCCAUUGAUGUCAAAUAUGAUCCAAAGCUUCCCUCUGUGUCAGUGAGUCCUUCUGGUGAAAUCAAGGAGGGCACUGGAGUGACUCUGACCUGUAGCAGUGAUGCUAACCCAGCAGCUCAAUACUCCUGGUACAAGAAGAAUGGACAAAAACCUCUCAGUAAUGAACGGCAGCUCUCCUUCAGCUCCAUCCAGUCCUCUGACUCUGGACAGUAUUACUGUACAGCUGUGAACAAGCUGGGGUCAAAACUUAAAUCCAUCGCUAUUGAUGUGAAAUAUGCUCCAAAGCCUCCCUCUGUGUCAGUGAGUCCUUCUGGUGAAAUCAAGGAGAACGUUUCAGUGACUCUGACCUGUAGCAGUGAUGCUAACCCAGCAGCUGCAUAUGUCUGGUACAAGAUGAACAAUCAAACACCUGUCAGUACAGAUUCACAGCUCUCGUUCAAGUCCAUCCAGCCUGCUGACUCUGGAGAGUAUUACUGUACAGCUGAGAACAGGCUGGGAACAUCAACACCUACAAACAUUUCUGUUGAUGUGAAAUACAACCCAAAGUCUCCCUCUGUGUCAGUGAGUCCAUCUGGUGAAAUCACAGAGGGCACUGCAGUGACUCUGACCUGUAGCAGUGAUGCUAACCCAGGUGCUACGUAUGUCUGGUACAAGAGGAACAGCCAACCACUCAGCAAAAACCCACAGCUCAUCUUCAGCUCCAUCCAGUCCUCUGACUCUGAAGAGUAUUACUGUAGAGCUGUGAACAAGCUGGGGUCAAAACUUAAAUCCAUCACUAUUGAUGUGAAAUAUGCUCCAAAGCCUCCCUCUGUGUCAGUGAGUCCUUCUGGUGAAAUCACAGAGGGCACUUCAGUGACUCUGACCUGUAGCAGUGAUGCUAACCCAGCAGCUACGUAUGUCUGGUACAAGAUGAACAAUCAAACACCUGUCAGUACAGAUUCACAGCUCUCCUUCAAGUCCAUCCAGCCUGCUGACUCUGGAGAGUAUUACUGUACAGUUGAGAACAGGCUGGGAACAUCAACACCUACAAACAUUUCUGUUGAUGUGAAAUAUGCUCCAAAGCCUCCCUCUGUCUCAGUGCGUCCCUCUGGUGAAAUCAAAGAGGGCACUUCAGUCACUCUGACCUGUAGCAGUGAAGCUAACCCAGCAGCUACGUUUGUCUGGUACAAGACAAAUGGAAGGACACCUCUCAGUAAAGAACCACAGCUUGUCUUCAGAUCCAUCGAGCCCUCUGACUCUGGACAGUAUUACUGUAUAGCUGCUAAUACAGUGGGGACGACAUCUGAAUAUAUUUCUAUUAAUGUGAACUAUGCUCCAAAGUUUGUGUCAGUGAUGGUGAACCCUUCUAAUGAAUUCAGGGAGGGCGGAUCAGUGACUCUGAUCUGUAGCAGUGAUGCUAAUCCAGCAGCUCAAUACUCCUGGUACAAGAAGAAUGGUCAAAAACCUCUCAGUAAUGAACAGCAGCUCUCCUUCAGCUCCAUCCAGCCCUCUGACUCUGGAGAGUAUUACUGUACAGCUCAGAACAAAGUGGGGAGGAAGAAAUCUGAAUAUACCUCCAUUGAUGUCAAAUAUGAUCCAAAGCCUCCCUCUGUGUCAGUGAGUCCGUCUGGUGAAAUCACAGAGGGCACUGCAGUGACUCUGACCUGUAGCAGUGAUGCUAACCCAGCAGCUACGUAUGUCUGGUACAAGAGGAACAGCCAACCACUCGGCAAAAACCCACAGCUCAUCUUCAGCUCCAUCCAGUCCUCUGACUCUGGAGAGUAUUACUGUAGAGCUGUGAACAAGCUGGGGUCAACACUUAAAUCCAUCACUAUUGAUGUGAAAUAUGCUCCAAAGCCUCCCUCUGUGUCAGUGAGUCCUUCUGGUGAAAUCACAGAGGGCACUUCAGUGACUCUGACCUGUAGCAGUGAUGCUAACCCAGCAGCUACGUAUGUCUGGUACAAGAUGAACAAUCAAACACCUGUCAAUACAGAUUCACAGCUCUCCUUCAAGUCCAUCCAGCCUGCUGACUCUGGAGAGUAUUACUGUACAGCUGAGAACAGGCUGGGAACAUCAACACCUACAAACAUUUCUGUUGAUGUGAAAUAUGCUCCAAAGCCUCCCUCUGUGUCAGUGCGUCCGUCUGGUGAAAUCAAAGAGGGCACUUCAGUGACUCUGACCUGUAGCAGUGAUGCUAACCCAGCAGCUACGUUUGUCUGGUACAAGACAAAUGGAAGGACACCUCUCAGUAAAGAACCACAGCUUGUCUUCAGAUCCAUCGAGCCCUCUGACUCUGGACAGUAUUACUGUAUAGCUGCUAAUACAGUGGGGACAACAUCUGAAUAUAUUUCUAUUAAAGUGAACUAUGCUCCAAAGUUUGUGUCAGUGAUGGUGAGCCCUUCUAAUGAAUUCAGGGAGGGCGGAUCAGUGACUCUGACCUGUAGCAGUGAUGCUAAUCCAGCAGCUCAAUACUCCUGGUACAAGAAGAAUGGACAAAAGCCUCUCAGUAGUGAACAGCAGCUCUCCUUCAGCUCCAUCCAGUCCUCUGACUCUGGAGAGUAUUACUGUACAGUUCAGAACAAAGUGGGGAGGAAGAAAUCUGAAUAUACCUCCAUUGAUGUCAAAUAUGAUCCAAAGCCUCCCUCUGUGUCAGUGAGUCCGUCUGGUGAAAUCACAGAGGGCACUGGAGUGACUCUGACCUGUAGCAGUGAUGCUAACCCAGCAGCUACGUUUGUCUGGUACAAGAGGAACAGCCAAGCACUCGGCAAAAACCCACAGCUCAUCUUCAACUCCAUCCAGUCCUCUGACUCUGGAGAGUAUUACUGCAGAGCUGUGAACAAGCUGGGGUCAACAUUUAAAUCCAUCACUAUUGUUGUGAAAUAUGCUCCAAAGCCUCCCUCUGUGUCAGUGAGUCCGUCUGGUGAAAUCAAGGAGGGCACUUCAGUGACUCUGACCUGUGUCAGUGAAGCUAACCCAGCAGCUACAUAUGUCUGGUACAAGAUGAACAAUCAAACAUCUGUGAGUACAGAUUCACAGCUCUCCUUCAAGUCCAUCCAGCCUGCUGACUCUGGAGAGUAUUACUGUACAGCUGAGAACAGGCUGGGAACAUCAACACCUACAAACAUUUCUGUUGAUGUGAAAUAUGGUCCAAAGCCUCCCUCUGUCUCAGUGCGUCCCUCUGGUGAAAUCAAAGAGGGCACUUCAGUCACUCUGACCUGUAGCAGUGAAGCUAACCCAGCAGCUACGUUUGUCUGGUACAAGACAAAUGGAAGGACACCUCUCAGUAAAGAACCACAGCUUGUCUUCAGAUCCAUCGAGCCCUCUGACUCUGGACAGUAUUACUGUAUAGCUGCUAAUACAGUGGGGACGACAUCUGAAUAUGUUUCUAUUAAUGUGAACUAUGCUCCAAAGUUUGUGUCAGUGAUGGUGAGCCCUUCUAAUGAAUUCAGGGAGGGCGGAUCAGUGACUCUGAUCUGUAGCAGUGAUGCUAAUCCAGCAGCUCAAUACUCCUGGUACAAGAAGAAUGGUCAAAAACCUCUCAGUAAUGAACAGCAGCUCUCCUUCAGCUCCAUCCAGCCCUCUGACUCUGGAGAGUAUUACUGUACAGCUCAGAACAAAGUGGGGAGGAAGAAAUCUGAAUAUACCUCCAUUGAUGUCAAAUAUGCUCCAAAGCCUCCCUCUGUGUCAGUGCGUCCCUCUGGUGAAAUCAAGGAGGGCGGAUCAGUGACUUUGACCUGCAGCAGUGAUGCUAACCCAGCAGCUACGUAUGUCUGGUACAAGACAAAUGGAAGAACACCUCUUAGUAAAGAACCCGAGCUUGCCUUCAGAUCCAUUGAGCCCUCUGACUCUGGACAGUAUUACUGUAUAGCUGGAAAUACAUUGGGAAGGAAGACAUCUGAAUAUACUUCUAUCGAUGUGAAAUAUGCUCCAAAGUCUCCCUCAGCACAGAAGAGAGGAGCAGCCAUGAGUGCAACUGCAGCAGCAAGGAUUGAAUUUGUAUUUGUACUGCUUCUCACUGCAUCGGUGUCUGAUGUGCUCUGUGUUACAGCGGUACUGGGUCAGAAUGGUUGGUCAGUGACUUACACUUCCACUCACAUCUGCGCCUUGAAAAAAUCAACAGUGGACAUAGGCUGCAGCUACAGUUACCCUUCUACAAGACACAAUAUGAAUACUGCAGUUCAAAAAAGACUUUGGUCUAUAAAAAACAAGGAUGAACCGUUGGAUCUGAAAACAUACGCGCCGUACUCGCGCCGAGCGGAGUACCGCUUUCAUGAGAACGACUGCACUCUGAGGAUCACAGACCUGAGAGAGAGAGACUCUGAUGAGUACAAGUUCAGAUUCGUAACAAAUCAGCCUGAUGGAAGUUAUACUGGUUCACCUGGAGUCACUUUGACUGUCACAGAUUUACAGGUGAAGGUGAGAAGAUUGUUAAGCCACACAGAGCUGCAGUGUCACAGCAGCUGUGAUGUAAUUGAUCCUCCAUCAUAUGUUUGGUACAAAAAUGGACAGAAAAUAGAGGAAGAAACAUCUCUGCGAGUCUCUGUUGGAGGUGAUGACAGCAGCUAUUCCUGUGCUGUUAAAGGACAUGAGGGUUAUCGCUCUGCUGCAGUGUUUUCUCCAAAGCUUUACUAUGUGUUAGUGAAUCCUUCUGCUGAAGCAGAGGAAGGAACUUCAGUGUCUCUAAACUGUGGCUUUAAUGCUAACCCAGCAGCUAAUUACAGCUGGUACAAGGGAAACAUCCAAACACGUAUCAGUGAAGGAACGGUCCUUGACUUUUCAUCUAUCCAGCCCUCUGACUCUGGAGAAUAUUACUGCACAGCUGAGAAUGAGCUGGGGAGGAGUGCAUCUCAGUCCAUCUUUAUUAACGUGAAAUAUGCUCCAAAACCUGUUAAUGUGUCAGUGACUCCCUCUGGUGAGAUAGUGGAGGGCAAUUCAGUAACUCUGACUUGUAGCAGUGAUGCUAACCCAGCAGCUAAAUACACCUGGUAUAAGGGGAAUAACAAUAAACCUCAAAGUGUAGACACACAGCUUGUCUUCACCUCAAUCCAGCGAUCAGAGUCUGGACAGUAUCGCUGCAGAGCUUACAACAGCGUGGGGGCGACAUCUGACACCAUCUCCAUUCAUGUGAAAUAUCCCCCAAAGUUUGUCUCAGUAUCAGUGAGUCCUUCUAAUGAAAUCAGUGAGGGGAGCUCAGUAACUCUCACUUGUAGCAGUGAUGCUAAACCAACAGCUAACCACUUCUGGUACAAGGAUGGUGAUCAGACACCUCUCAUUAAUGAACGGCAGCUCUCCAUCACCUCCAUCCAGUCCUUUGACUCUGGAGAGUAUGUCUGUGCAGCUGAGAACCACCUGGGGAGGACGACAUCUGAAUCCAUCUUUAUUGUUGUGAUAUAUGCUCCAAAGUCUCUCUCUGUGUUGUUCAGUCCCUCUGGUGAAAUCCAGGAGGGCAAUUCAGUGAAUCUGACCUGUAGCAGUGAUGCUAACCCAGCAGCUAACUACACCUGGUACAAGGAGAAUAGCCAAACACCUCUCGUUGUAGAACCACAGCUCUCCUUUAUCUCCAUACAGCCCACUGAUUCUGGAGAAUAUUACUGCCAAGCUGUAAACAAAGUGAAUACUUCCACGCCUAAAUACAUCUCUAUCCAUGUGGCAUAUGCUCCAAGGCCUCUCUCUAUGUCAGUGAGUCCCUCUGGUGAGAUACUGGAGGGCAAUUCAGUAACUCUGACUUGUAGCAGUGAUGCUAACCCAGCAGCUAAAUACACCUGGUAUAAGACGAACAAUCAAACCCCUCUCAUUAAAGAACCACAGCUCAUCUUCAGCUCCAUCCAGUCCUCUGACUCUGGGGAAUAUUACUGUACAGCUGAGAACAAGCUGGGGGUCUCAUCGCCAACAUACAACAUCUCCAUUAAUGUGACAUAUGCUCCAAAGCUUCCCUCUGUGUCAGUGAGUCCCUCUGCUGAGAUAGUGGAAGGCAGUUCAGUCACUCUGACCUGUAGCAGUGAUGCUAACCCAGCAGCUAAUUACACCUGGUACAAGGAAGAUGAAGAGUCACCUAAAACUUCUGGACAGAACUUUACCAUCACUGACUUCAGACCUGAACACAGCGGGAGUUAUUACUGUGUUGCACAGAACACCAGAGGGCAUCAUUACUCCACCUUACAGCUGACUGUUGUAUCAAGAGCAUGGAAAUUAACAGCUGUCAUAGUCCCUGCUAUUCUUCUGGGUCUUAUACUCUUAUACUCGGUCAUCCUAUGGAUCAUAAAAAACAGAUCCUCAAAGCAGCAGCAGCCUGAGCCUAGAGAGGAACUGGAUACCAGUGAACAGACUCCUUCGUGCAACCCACCUCCGCCCCAUCUCUGCCUCUCCCAUGUUACUCAGAGCUCCAGUCAAGCCUGCAUCUUCAUCACCACCACCAGCCUCUAGACUCUGGAGGGUCCUGCCUAAUUCCUGUCACCGCUGGGAAUCUGUUCAGCCUUGACCGGCCAUCAGAGUCCAGUCACCAGAUUGCUUGAAGGAAUUCAGUUCAUGAAUAAAUAGUGUUCAGUUCAUCCUAA